GCUUACAAGCCUAGCUAGUAAAUGGAACUAGCCAAAAUAGUUACUUCUAUCAACAACCAUUUUCAACAAACAACAGUCAUACAAGAUGAAUUCCUCUGAUCAACAAAUGAAUAGCAUCACUUACAUGGAACCAAAAUUGUACAAAGCUGCAGAAGCAGGCAACAUCAACCCAUUUAAGGAUCUUCCAACUUCUCUCAUUGAGCUAUUGACUCCACAAAAAAACACGAUUCUUCAUGUUUACUUAGAAAACCAACUUAGAGAAUCAGAAUCUACUGAUUUUGUUGGCCAAAUUAUUGAAAUGUGUCCACCACUGUUAUUCCAAGCCAAUAAGAAAGGUGAAACCCCACUACAUUUUGCGGCAAGAUAUGGGCGUUCCAACGUGGUAAGAGUCCUCAUUGACCGCGCAAAAGCUCGACCUACUGAUCCAGAGAGCGCAGUAACAGAAGCAAAAAAAAGAUGUUGAGGAUGACCAAUGAAGAGAAAGAUACAGCGUUGCAUGUGGCAGCUCGAAAUAUCCAAGUCCAAGUGGUGGAAAUAUUGACUAAAGAGGACCCUGAGUUUUCAUAUUCCACCAAUGUUCAUGGAGAAACUCCACUUUAUAUUGCUGCCAAUUUGAGGUUUAAUUGGAGGUUUAAAAGACAUGAAGAAAAUAGAAAAAAAGUGAUCAACGAAAUCUUGAGUAAUUGCAAGUCAGUGGAAUAUUGUGGUUCUCAUGGCAGAACCGCACUACACGCGGCAGGCAUGUAUGGUGAUCAUGAGACAGCAAGAAAGAUAUUAGAAAGAGACGCGAGUUUGACGAGAAGAACCGACGAUGACGGGUGGUCACCACUUCACUACGCUGUCUUUUUCCGUGAUUUUGUUCAUAGUGUGUCAACAGUAGAAGUACUACUAGAACAUGAUGUGUCCGCAGCCUACAUUGUUGAUUCAGAGAAGAGAACAGCCCUUCACUUGGCCGCCUCUCGAGGCACUUGGGCAGCAGCGAUAGCGAUUAUGAACACUUGUCCAGCUAGUUGUGAACUAGUGGAUAGCAGAGGUUGGAAUGCCCUUCACUAUGCUGCCAUAACUCGAAAAGGACAUAUCCGUUUCUCUCGAUGGAUUCCUAAAUUUGACAAACUUAUAUACGAGAAGGAUAACGAUGGAAACACGCCAUUGCAUCUAUUUGCUGCUUUCGGCAAUUUUCCCCAGAUGUUUUUGAGGAGUGAUUGGAGACAUGCGUACAAGAAGAUGUGUGGCCUUAACAAGCAAAACCUCAGCGUUGAUGACAUCUUGGGACGAAAUUUUCCUGAAACAAAGAAAGAGAUUUUGGAAUCAUUGAAAGAUGUACGGAGUGGACCUCUUCAACGGCCCAUAGCUAUGAUGAAAAAAGAGUACCUCUCUAUUUCUGAGAGAGGAAUGGAGACUCGUGUACUUGUAGCGGCACUCGUAGCAACAGUUACAUUUGCAGCUGCUUUCACCAUGCCUGGCGGUUACAAAAACGAACAAGGCAUUGCAGUUCUUCUUAAAAAUGCUGCUUUUGUAGUCUUCGUUAUAUCAGAUGCAAUAGCAAUGCUUCUCUCAAUUUCUGCUCUCUUCAUGCACUUUUGUUGGGCACCGAUUGGAACAAGAGGUCAAGUGGAAGAGGAUAUGAAAGGAAAUUGGACAUCUACUUUAACCAUAUGUGCCAUCCCAGCAAUGGUCAUCGCAUUCAUCACAGGAAGUUAUGCAGUGCUAGCUCCAUCAUCAUGGCUUGCAAUCACGACUUGUUUCAUUGGUGCAGCCUUCAUCUUCUUUGCGUCCACGGCAUUCAUAGUUGACGGACGCACCCUUUUUAAAAUAUUAAAAAUACAAAGAUUGAAAUUUGACAGUACGUUGUUGACUGUUGAGAGCUUUGUUGACAAAAAAAAUUGAAUUUGAGGAAGAAAAGUCUAAAA